GUCCUCCCUUUUCCCAUGUGAGAUUUUGGAGCCGCUUUCCUGACGACAUUGUCUGAUCAGAUGACAUUUAAAAUUGUUUUGUAGCAAAACUUCUACUAAACUAGUUGACCUAGCUCCUAAUUUUGAUGCUAGGUAAACUCUAAGGCUGUUAGGUGUUAAAAUAUUAUUUUGUCCUCGCAGAAUCCUACAAACAACAGAGGCUGCAAGAUAUUUUUCCACAUUCUUGGUGUGGAGAUGAUUUAACCCCUUACAUACGCUGAAUUGUUCCAAAGUUAAAUCAACAUAAUGUUGCCUAGAAAACUAAUUUUGCGGCCGUCGUGGCCUGCAAUCCAAAGGUUGUCUCAUCCACCAUCCUUAACUUACCCGUCAUCCUUAAUUUUGACAAAAUCCAUCCAUAAAUCGCAAAUUUUGGAAAACAAUCCCCAAAAGCGACCAAGCUUUUUCUCCCAAGUUAUAGACAACAUAAAGCAAGAGAUGGAGAAAAACAAGGAAAUGAAGGAGAACAUCAAAAAAUUUAGGCAAGAAGCAGAAAAGCUCGAACAGUCGGAUGCUCUCCAGAAAGCUCGGCAGAAGUUUCAAUCUGUGGAGUCAGAAGCCAAUAAAGGGUCGGAAGUGCUCAAGGAACGAUUUGGAAGUCUGAAGGAUAGAAUGGAUGAAGUUAUUGAGGAAGCAGGAAAAACCGACAUUGCCAAAAAAGCUGGAAAAAUGACAGAAGAGUGGGGGAAAACCGCUAAGGGCGCUGCGGAAAGCAUUUCCGAAACGGGUCAAAGGUUGGGAAAAACGCAGGCUUUCCAGGCCAUAUCCCAGACGGCCUCUGCGGUGAAGCAAGAGCUGGACAAGACUGGCAUGCAGGUUCACAUGUACUGCCGGCCUGCCAAACUGCGAAAACGCAAGGAAGUGCCUGACGACUUUGAAGGACGCGUCGUUGAGCCAAACCUCGACGCGACAGGAAUGGAGCUACACAAGGACUCAAAGUUCUUUCAAAGCUGGCAGAAUUUCAAGGACAACAACCCGUACGUCAACAAGGUCGUCGACUGGAAGAUGAAGUACGACGAGAGCGAAAAUCCGGUCAUCCGAGCCUCGCGGCUUCUCACUGAGAAAGUGAGCGACAUCAUGGGCGGCCUGUUUCAAAAGACGGAACUAUCAGAGACCCUGACCGAGAUUUGCAAAGCCGACCCCCACUUUGACAAGAAUCAGUUCCUGCUGCAGUGCGAGACGGACAUCAUCCCCAACAUUCUUGAGGCGAUGGUUCAAGGGGACCUGGAGAUUUUGAAAGACUGGUGCCACGAAGCUCCUUACAACAUCCUGGCGACGCCUAUAAAGCAAGCUCGUGCCCUAGGACUCAAGUUCCAAUCCAAGAUAAUUGACAUCGACAAUAUCGACCUGGCCUUGGGGAAAAUGAUGGACCAGGGACCGGUUCUGAUCAUCACGUUCACGGCGCAGCAGAUCAUGUGCCUGAAGGACUCUGCCGGGAAGGUCCUUGAAGGUGAUGCUGACAAAAUCAUGCGGGUGAACUAUGUGUGGGUGUUAUGCAGAGACCAAACAGAACUGGAUCCACGAGCGGCUUGGAGGCUGCUAGAACUCGCAGCCACCAACAUGCAGGAACAGUUUGUCUAAUCGUUUGGCUUCCUGAGAGAAAUUAUAACUACUGGCGCCUGAAAGAUUCAAUUCCUUCGUCACUGGCUUGUACGUUUGAAUCGAUUUGGGAUGGAUUUUUAUUCUAGAACCAACGGUAUGUUUUACAUCGUUGUCUAGGAUAAAUUAUUGUUGCUGGAAUGCCAUUCUCUGUGAUUAGUCAGGCAGACUGCUGCCAUGUGGAGCUUCAGUGUAUAAAAAUAAAUCCACAGUUCAAAGAUA